AUUGGAUGAUACAAAUGAAAUCAAGAAGAAAACCGUCACCUACCACACGCGUCCUUCCCUUCUUUAAACAACAAUGGCUUCUUCAGUGGCCAAAGCCAUCACCACCACCUCCUCCGUCGCAAUCCUCCUCCUCAUCCUCCUCACUGCCUCUCUCUGCAACUCAUCGAUUUCAGACGAAGACCCAUCGCCAACCCCAUGGCCCCACCAAUUCCACUCCAUUUUGGUGAUGAACUACACAGGAACCCUCCAGCUGAUCGACCUCUGGUACGACUGGCCCAACGGUCGAAACUUCAACAUCAUCCAGCACCAGCUGGGUUCGGUCCUCUACGACCUCGAGUGGAACAAUGGAACCUCCUUCUUCUACACAUUGGACUCCGCCAGAGAGUGCAGAACCGCCCAGGUAGAAGUGGGUAUUCUCCGACCCGACUGGCUCGACGGAGCCAAGUAUCUGGGUCGCCGACACGUGGAUGGGUUCCUUUGCGAUGUUUGGGAGAAGGCCGACUUCAUUUCGUAUUAUGAGGAUGUUGCUACCAAGAGGCCUGUCCAUUGGGUCUUUUACACAGGGAGGGAGGCACAUGUGAUGACAUUUGAGGUUGGGGCAGUGCUUGAGGAUGCCAAUUGGCAAGCCCCUGUAUACUGCUUUGAUAAGAAAACUGAAACUCAUCUUCAACCAGAGCCGGAAGCAGAGUUUUCCAUCACUAGUGGUGGUGCUUCUUCAAUGGUUGGAUUUCUCAGAGAUUCAAAUCAAUUGGGAUUCAAUAUAUAAUGUUGUUUCUGAAGGAAAUCUUUAGAAAAUCAUGAGUUUCAUUUGAACAUCAAUAUAGAUAAAUAAAAUCAUGGCAACGGAAGCUUAAGCAUGCA